ACCGUGUAUACACAAGUGUGGCAGGGAGAGGGGCGUGUGUGUGUCGCGCACGGGACUGCAUCACUUGGCUCCCCGCACACCCUCCCAGCCCCACAUACCUUCUACCUGCACUCACACUUCCUUCUAGUCCGUGUACACAUCUAAGAGUGUACACCUUCACCCGACGUGUAUACCCAAUCAAAAAAACGUGUAAACCUUCCUGUGUAUACCAUCCGAAGUCUGCAUACGCUUCCCGCAACCCUUCAAACACUCGUGUAUAUCUCCGUGACUACCAUUGAGCCUAGUCAGCGAGGAGGAAGUCCACAAUGAGUCCGCACAGUGUCACACUCAUGGGCCUCCUGCUCACCCUCGUCUCCCUGCUUCCCUUCCUGUUGGCAGUGUCCGGGCAGGCGCUACCGAACUUCGUGGCGCAAGAUGACCUAAACGACGGCCAGCACGAGAUACGCAUCCACUACAACGGCAUCUCAGCCAAGCAGACCUCCGUGCGCCGCGACCAAGGCAGCGACAGCGGGCUGGUGCUGCGUCAGAUCCACCACCACCACCGCCUCCUGACGCUGGUGUACGUGGGGGAGGCCGCCGAUGACCUGAGCGUGGACGGACUUUCCCUGCGUGACUGUCGCCUGUCAGGGGACGCGGGCGAGGUGUCAGAGUUCAUGGAGAAGUUUGAGGAGGACGCUGCUGUCGCCAGAACCACUGCAGCAGGUGAAUGGUCCGGCUCCCUCAAUAACGUGACCUUCGUGCACCUCAACGAGGAGGAGGAGUUGCCCCAGUACUUGCGGCCCGUCCUUCACUUCAAGAAGCUCCGUGCACAGUGCAGAGAACACCGGCGGAGCGUAAAGAGGGCGGUAAGGGCGCAGCGCCGACUGGAGAGACGCAACAACCAGCACCACAGCAACAACAACAACCACCACCACGCCGUGGCAGAGGGCGAAGCCACCACCACCCACAGCCAUCAGUCCCACUCCAGGCGGAAGCGGUGGAUCCUCAAGGAGUUCUUCAUCCUGCCGGGGACCAAGUGGUGUGGAAACGACGACCUGGCCACCUCCUUCAGCGACCUGGACGGCCACAUGGGCGCGGACAAGUGCUGCAGGAAACACGACAAAUGCCCCCUCAACAUUGCCGGCAUGGCCUACAAGUACGGAGUCUACAACAGGCAUCCCACCACUGUGUCCCACUGCAUUUGUGACGAGAGGUUCAAGGCAUGCCUCAAGAUGACGGGCACCGCGGCGGCUGACCUGGUCGGGGACGUAUUCUUCAACAAGAUGAAGACCAAGUGUUUCAGUCUGGAGAAGAAGAAGGUGUGCACCAAAUGGGCCUCCUGGUUCGGGCCGUGCACCAAGUACUCCAUCAAACAGGUGGCGGUGCUCAGGGACAACGUGGCCUACAAGUUCUGAGUUGGAUCUUCCACUCUCCCUGACCCACUCGCUCCGGUCCCUCCAGUUCCUCUGCUGCUCUCCGGCGGCAAUAAGACUCAAGCACAAGGUGUCCAAGGAGCCUCUCAGUCCUGAUGGAUUCUCUCCCCGCUGGACCUGCGCCUCGCUCAAGUGCUCCUCCUCCCCAUGUCUGGUUACAUGCGGGAGAGUAGGCGACGAAGGCACUGCGCCCAUCUGUUACCUAGCCAAUAAGUGUCCUUUCUUCCAUCCCGAUGUAACUGUCAUUCACCCACCAGGGAUCCCUCAUAUCUGCUCCCACCUUUCCCUAGUGAAUACCUUACUUGCUUUCCUGCUUUCGUCCCUUCUCUAGUACCUCGUUGCCCAUCCCCUCCCCUCUUCCCACUCGCCGUGCCAUAUUCAGAUGAGGUUCCUCUGUGCUCCACUAUCAAGGUACCUGACGAAGAAGCUCUGUUGCCGAUAACAAGUCUUCAGUUGAGAUUGCGUCCAUCAAUGAGCCACUACUCGGAGACGAGAUAACAGAUAGGGAGCUCUCAAAACAACACGAGAAGAUAACCAUCCCAUUCAGGUUUUUCCCUUUUAUGAGACAAAAACAUAUCGGACAAGAUCCGCAUACAUCUUAAGGCAUUAUGCCCACGGAUUUGUUUCAGGGUGAUGGGAUGAGAGAAAGGCCUCACCACCUACUGUUAGUUACACACCCGAGGCCACGUGAGGUCGGUUCGAAUUAACUGAUGAAGCCCAGUGACAGCUAGAGAUGCGGAGUUAGUAUUUAUUUGUUGUACACUGACGACGCGGAAAGAUAGCGUGUAACCAAGGGGAGUAGCUCGGUGCUUCAAGGGGGUGACUUAAAAGUAACAAACGACUGUGUUCGGCGAAACUUUUUGGCAAUAAGUGAGUGUGAUGCCGGGACCCGUGUGUUAUAUAGUACCAAAGCGAUCACCAUCACCACCAUCGCCACCAUCACAUUCAUCCCCAUUAACGCCACAAACCACCACUAUCAUAUCACAACACACAUCCGUAUCACCACAACCACUUCACCCUUCAUCACCACAAGUCACCACCAUACAUAACCAUCCGAGCGCUGCUAGUGCGACGUAUGUUAACAAGUCAUCUUUUCUUAUUGUAAACUACCAUUGUGUACAGUCAAGUGGGGUCUACAGGGAGGCAUUAUGCAAGUGAAAGAAACCCUAAAGCCAAGGAGUGAGCGACGUAGAGAAUGACUGUACAUAUAUCACCUCUUGUAGCGUGAGAGAGAGAGAGAGAGAGAGAGAGAGAGAGAGAGAGAGAGAGAGAGAGAGAGAGAGAGAGAGAGAGAGAGUGUGUGUGCGUGUGUGUGUAAGCUGUAGUUAAGAAGUGUUGUGUGUAGUAAGAAGACUUGUAAAUAUAGUAUGUAAGUUAUGAACAGGACAGUGAUAGAGGAGGAGAAGAUUGAGAAAUACAGAAAUACACACAAACCAAACCACCAGUCACCUCACCACCGCGACACGCUACAUUCUGUACAUAGAAGAAGCAGAUUGAACUCGUAAUAAUGCAUCGCUUUAUUUUUUUGCGUACCGUAACGUUUUGUAACGUUCGUUUUCGUCUGGUUUGUUUGAGGUGAGGAAAAGUAGCAUUCGCCGAGGCCCGUGGCCCAGGGAGGUGCGUGUGGAGGUGGUGAGAAGGUAAUGGGUGAGAGGGACGGAUGGAGUGUCGCUUCACGCUACCCCUUCCCUCCCUCUCUCCCAUGAGUUGGUGAGAGGGUGACACUUCUCCCUCACGCCAUCGCCCCCUCGUCCACCCUCCUUCCCUAGGCCACUGUCGUCCUGGUCGUGCCCUUCGCCGUGCUGUCACCCAACAUUCCCGCAGCCUGCACUGGGCGUUCCUAAGGAGAGGUCCCGUGCUGCCCUCUGCCAUGUACAGUAUUACUCUAUUUGUAGAAUUAAACAAAUAAAUUUAUGAUAAAACUA